UCCACAACCACUGUUACCGGCAGCUAACGCUUGGGUUGUUUUCUUUUAUUUGCUAGAAAGAAAAAAAGGAAAUGGUGACGGUCGAGGAGGUUCGUAAGGCUCAACGUGCCGAAGGACCGGCUACUGUGUUGGCGAUUGGCACCUCAACUCCUCCAAAUUGUGUUGAUCAGAGCACGUACCCUGACUACUACUUCCGCAUCACUAAUAGUGAGCACAAGGUCGAGUUGAAAGAGAAAUUCAAGCGCAUGUGUGAAAAGUCCAUGAUCAAGAAGCGUUACAUGUACCUAACCGAGGAGAUUUUGAAAGAGAACCCCAAUGUAUGUGAGUACAUGGCGCCAUCACUCGACGCAAGGCAAGACAUAGUGGUUGUUGAGGUGCCAAAGCUAGGCAAAGAAGCGGCCACCAAGGCAAUUAAGGAAUGGGGCCAGCCCAAGUCCAAGAUCACCCACCUCGUGUUCUGCACCACCAGCGGUGUUGACAUGCCCGGAGCCGACUACCAGCUCACUAAGCUUCUAGGACUCCGUCCGUCUGUUAAGCGUCUCAUGAUGUAUCAACAGGGUUGCUUCGCGGGCGGCACUGUGCUCCGCGUCGCCAAGGAUUUAGCCGAGAACAACAAGGGCGCUCGUGUCCUCGUUGUUUGCUCGGAGAUCACCGCGGUUACUUUCCGCGGGCCGAGUGACACUCACUUGGAUAGUCUCGUGGGUCAAGCGUUAUUCGGCGACGGCGCUGCUGCUGUUAUAAUUGGUGCCGACCCGAUACCCGAGAUUGAAAAGCCUAUGUUCGAACUCGUGUCGACGGCCCAAACGAUAUUGCCAGAUAGCGAUGGAGCUAUCGACGGUCACCUUCGUGAAGUUGGGCUUACAUUUCACCUCCUCAAGGAUGUUCCUGGCCUAAUUUCAAAGAACAUUGAGAAGAGCCUUGUUGAAGCAUUUAAACCUUUGGGCAUAUCAGAUUGGAACUCUCUCUUUUGGAUAGCGCACCCUGGUGGUCCAGCCAUAUUGGACCAAGUUGAAGCAAAGCUAUCCCUCAAACCCGAAAAGCUACGAGCCACUCGACAUGUUCUUUCGGAGUACGGAAAUAUGUCGAGUGCUUGUGUGCUGUUCAUAUUGGAUGAGAUGAGGAGGAAAUCAAAAGAAGAUGGACUAGAAACCACGGGCGAAGGGCUCGAGUGGGGAGUGCUGUUCGGGUUCGGACCCGGACUCACCGUCGAGACCGUGGUGCUCCAUAGCAUCACCGCAUAAACUGGGGUUUAAAGACUCGUUGGCUUGCAUGGGUAAUCUAUAUCUGGUUUCACUUUCACUGUUUUUCUAUUUUAUUGUAUUUUAGUUUAGCUUAUGAAUUUCGAAUUUGUAUGGUUAUUUUAAGAGAGUUAAGCUCUCUUUGUUGUGCUAAAUGGAUGUAGAAUUUAUGUACCAGACUUAUAUUUAUGGAAAUAAUAAAUUUCAAAUUU